AUGGAGUUUAACUACAAGCUCUUCAAGGGUGUCUCAAUCCAGUUCAACGACCUGGAGAAGGCCGAUGACAUUGCGACUAACAUUGCUGCGUUACCUGCGGUUAAGAACAUGUGGCCUGUCAAGGUGUACAGCAUCCCGAAGCCGACAGUCGAGUGGGUUGGAACCCCUGGCGUAGAGCACGCCAUCACCAAGAAGCGGGCCAUCAACGAGACGGAGGCCGACACCUUUUCGCCUCACGUCAUGACCCAGGUCGACAAGCUGCGAGCAAAGGGUGUUACUGGAAAGGGAAUCAAGGUUGCCGUCAUCGACACUGGUAUUGACUACGACCACCCUGCUCUUGGAGGAUGCUUUGGUCCUGACUGUCUCGUGUCCUUCGGCACUGACUUUGUUGGCGAUAGCUAUGACGGUUACAAUGAGGUUCACCCAGAUGAGGACCCGAUGGAUUGCGCAGGACACGGUAGCCAUGUGGCUGGCAUCAUCGCCGCCCAGGAGAACAAGAUGGGAUUCACCGGUGCCGCUCCUGGCGUUACGCUUGGUGCAUACCGAGUAUUUGGAUGUGACGGAGACGCCGGUAACGAUGUGCUCAUUGCCGCCUUCAACCAGGCCUUUGAGGAUGGCGCCGACAUCAUCACUGCCUCUAUCGGCGGCCCCAGCGGCUGGUCAGAGGAGCCUUGGGCCGUGGCUGUCUCGCGCAUCGUCGAGCAGGGCGUCCCUUGCACCGUCUCGGCCGGUAACUCGGGCGACGUCGGCAUGUUCUACGCCAGCACGGCGGCGAACGGCAAGAAGGUCAUGGCCAUCGCCUCGUACGACAACAGCAAGUACAUGGCGCUGCUCAACACCUCGCACUACACCGUCGACGGCAGCAGCACCAAGGUCGCGUUUGGUUCUACCGCUGGAUCUCCUUCUGCCUGGGGAGGUGUGAAACUCCCUCUUUGGGCACCCAGCUUCGACACCACCAUCACCAACGGUGGCUGCGAUGCGUACCCUGCUGAUACCCCUGAUCUGAGCGGACAUAUUGUUCUCGUGCGCCGUGGAACUUGUACCUUUGUGCAGAAGGCCCAGAAUGCAGCAGCUGCUGGUGCCAAGUAUAUCAUGCUGUAUAACAACGCUGGAGGUACCGUGGCUAUUGAUGUAUCCACUGUUCCUGGCAUCCUCGCUGCCGGCAUGGUUACAGCUGACGUCGGUGCAAAGAUGAUCUCGCUCCUCAAGGCCGGAUCUACCGUUACGCUCGAGAUGUCUGACGGAACUGACGGUAAUGUCAUUCUCUCUGAGAGCACCAACGGCGUGACUGGUGGUUCCAUUAGCACCUUUUCGUCCUGGGGACCGACGUGGGAAAUGGAUGUCAAGCCGCAGUUUGGAGCUCCCGGAGGAAGCAUCCUAUCGACCUACCCCAGAGCCAAGGGCAGCUAUGCCGUCCUCUCUGGUACGUCGAUGGCUUGCCCCGAGGUCGCUGGAGUCAUCGCCCUCAUCGCCGAGGUUCGCGGCACCUUGGAGCCAGCUCUUAUCGAGAACCUCUUGUCUGCCAAUGCGGACCCAACGCUCUUCAACGACGGCGCCAAGUUUUACAACUUCCUUGCUCCCGUUCCUCAGCAGGGUGGUGGUUUGAUCAAGGCAUAUGACGCUGCUUACGCCAACGUCAUCUUGAGCCAUUCCAGCCUCUCGUUUAACGACACAGACAACUUUGUCAGCGUGCUCAACUUUACGAUCCAGAAUACCGGCAGUGAGGAUAUCGACUUUGAUCUUUCCAACGUCCCUACCAAGGCCGUUUACACGCUUGCUGAGGAUUCCAUCUACCCAGCUGCGUUCCCUAAUGAGUUCACUGACGGCUCUGCCAGCCUUAAGUUCAGCGAGGCUAAGCUUAGCGUCGGAGCGGGUGACAGCGUCACGAUCGAGGUGAUUCCUACUCCUCCCGAGGGUCUCACCGCAGAGCGUCUCCCGCUGUGGUCUGGCUUCAUCGCCAUCAACGGAUCGGAUGGAACCUCACUAUCGCUUCCGUACCAGGGACUUGCGGGAUCUCUGCACGACGCGACUGUCCUGGCGCCUGAGGAUACUUGGAUCAGCUUGUCGACUGACAAGAGCCUGACUCCUGUGGCGGCCAACUCCAGCUUCACCCUCCCCGCCCCGGGCAGUGAGGACUCGAGCGCGGUCCUGCCUGCGCUCACAUGGUUCCUGGCCCUUGGCUCUUCUCAGCUACAGGCCGAAGUCAUCCCCGUCUCUGCUGUGUCCAACUCUACAUCAAAGAGCCUCGGCGCGCCCGUCACCUUCCCCAUGCUGUGGAACGCAAUGGGCGCCAACUCACUGAAGUGGACUGGUGAGCUGUUGGACGGCAGCUUUGCGCCUGCUGGACGGUAUAAGAUUGCGUAUCGGGCGCUGAGGGUCUUUGGAGAAGAGACGAAGGAGAGUGACUGGGAUGAAUCCGUGUCGCCAGUGUUUAGCAUCAAGUAUGCGAAGUGA